AUGUGGGAAUUUACAUCUGGAAUUCCACCAUUUAAUGAUAAAGCACAUAAUCUUCAACUUGCUUUAAAUAUUUGUAAAGGUGAACGUCCUGAAAUUAUUAAAAAUACUCCACAAUGUUAUAUAAAUUUAAUGGAAAAAUGUUGGAAUGAAGAUCCAUUAAAAAGACCAU